AUGGCCGGAGUACCUCCACCUCCACCACCACCACCACCGUCUUCUGCACAAUACUUCGAUAAACGUGGUGAAAUCAACGAGUUACGGCAACUCCUGCAGUCGGUGCAGAAUGAUAAGGAUCAGGAAAAGAAGCGAGAGGCUAUCAAGAAGGUCAUUGCAUUCAUGACUCUUGGUAUUGAUGUGAGCCGCCUCUUCCCCGAGAUGGUUAUGGCGUCGUAUACCAACGACUUGGUCCAAAAGAAGAUGAUAUACCUCUACCUAGUAAACUAUGCUGCAUCCAAUCCCUCUCUAGCAGUAUUGGCAAUCAACACACUACAGAAGGAUUGCCAGGAUACUGAUCCCAGUAUACGUGGCUUGGCUCUCAGAUCAUUAUGUGGACUUCAGCUGAGCAACAUGAUGGAGUACUUGGAGCCAGCAGUGAAGAAGGGUCUAGUAGAUCCCAAUGGUUAUGUUAGGAAGGCAGCUGUUGUUGGUGCUCUCAAGAUGUUCCAUCUCGACCCACAGCACGUAGGCCACCCUCAAUGCUUCGAUCUAUAUCGUAUAGUAUCCGGAUCCGACCAUGACCCUGAUGUUAUAUACGAUGCAGUGGUGGCAUUGAAUGAGAUAUUGGCUGAUAUAGGAGGUAUCGAGCUAACACAGGAGAUCGUAGAUAACCUACUGAAUAACAUAUACCGUUUCUCGGAGUGGGGUGCAGAUGCUAUCAUCAAGAUCAUUACUAAGAAAUACAGACCCAAUACCGAGGAGGAGAUGUUCGACGUAUUCAAUGUAUUAGAUCCUCUUCUUAAACAGAAUAGUCCAUCUGUCAUCAUGGCGACUAGCACCCUUUAUAUGGAAUGGGCAUCUGCUGCUGCUGCUACUACUGAUGGUGAUAGUGGGAAUGCGGAGCUUCUACAGCAAGUCAUGGAGCGACUGAAACCUACAUUGCUCACAUUGUUGGGCGCUAUCUCUACGGGGGGUCAUGAGCAAGCCUAUGUCAUCCUUAACCAUAUCACUGUUAUCGUAGUGCAUCAGCAGAAGGCUGGAGGUGCUCCUCUAUUCACGGGUGGGGAUUACAAGAAUUUUUACUGUCGUUACAACGAGCCCAGCUACAUCAAGUAUCUCAAGCUUCAGCUCCUCACCUUAUUGGCUUGCCAAGCAGCUAAGACAGACAGCACUUGUUUCCGGGAGACCAUCUCUAAUGAUCCAGAUUCGGAGGUGUCUCGAGAAGCCGUCCGUAGUAUUGGAGCAGUGGGUUUAGCAUGUCCAGGAGCCGUCCCUGGGAUAUUCGAUAUACUCUUGGAUCACUUGACCGGCUCGGACACUCCUCGUGACAAGGGUGUAGCGUCGGAGGCUGUGGUCGUAUUGAAACAGUUGUUGCGAAGUGGUGUUGCCAGUGGUAGAGAGCACAUAAUAGAACUUAUUACAAGCCCAGAGGUACUUGAGAAGUGCCUUAAGAAUGUAUCGGGGGAUCCAUUGGGCAAGGCGGCAGUGGUAUGGAUUCUCGGUGAAUACGGUGACUCCAUACCCAUGGCACCCUAUAUCCUCGAGGACAUCAUCAACGAGCUCAUGGACUCCGAUGCUGGUGCACUCUCUCCUGGUGUGAACGGUCUAGAGGCUGUUGAGUUCGGUCUCGAUGAGUCAGCAGCAGCAGCCGCCGCAGUGGCUCCAGCUCCGACCAUAUCGAAGGACGAUGAUGAGGUUAUCAAGGCAUCUGAUGAUACAGUUGCUCUUGAGCUAUUGACUGCCUGUACUAAGCUAUUCUUUGCACGUCCACCUGAGAUGCAGAAGAUAUUGGGAUUAGCAUUCAACUACGCUGUUACGAGUGAGUGCUCAUGCUAUCAUCUACUAGCACUGACGUAUUGCUGCUAGGCCCUGCUGCUAGUCCUGAUGUUCGUGAUAGAGCAUUGAUGUACUAUCGACUACUGAAACGGAGUACUCAAGAGGCACAUGACAUAGUAUUGGUUGGUGAGGAAGCUACUGCUAAUGCAUCCGAAAACACGUAUGAUAUCAAGAUUGAUGACAGGAUAUUCGAUGAGGAAUUCAACACAUUAUCAGCUAUAUAUUGGAUGACUAGCAGUAAAUUCGUACCAACCAUAGAGCCUCUGUACCAGGGUAUGCCUACCAACAAAAGUCCUACUGUGAUGUACCGAGAUCCUCCACCGCCUCCACUGACAGAAGCAGCAGCAGAACCCUCCCAGAGUGAUACUGUUGAAUCCACCGACCUGCUGGGCGACGACUAACCACCCUGUGGACGGUGGGCGUAAGGUCGUCACUAUGGAUUUGCAGUAGCCUUUGUAAGGGAAGGAGCCCUCAUCCAAGUAUCGUUCUCUGUAUACUCAGUUGGUUGUAUCAAUUUGUGUACCUGUUGCUGUUGAUGUCAC